AUGGAGUUAAGUGACUUUGAGAAGACCUGGAUUUUUCCUGUAUCUAACACAGACAUGAAAAUUGCACCCAGAAGUGAAGACCGCUUUGUAAACAGAAAGAAAAUAGCUGUUAUAGGCGCCGGAGUAUCUGGGCUUUGUGCGCUCAAACAUUUGACAGAAAACUUGGAGGAUUUUGUACCAACAGCCUUCGAAAAGCUUCAUGGAGUCGGUGGUAUUUGGUCCUAUACAGAAACCGCUUUUGACGAAUGUGGCAAUCCAACACACUCAGGGGUAUACAACAACUUAAUGACAAAUGGCCCUAAAGAGCUAGUAAUGAUACCCGGAUACCCGCACAAACAGACCGGAAUAUCCUAUCUUCAUCACACAGAGAUGCUAGAGUAUAUUAAAGGUUUCACUAAGCACUUCCACCUGGACAAGUAUGUAAAGUUCAAUACCGUUGUUAAGAGUGUUCGUCCUGUGCAGAACGAAGGCGAUCAGGUUAAGUGGGAUGUAACCUAUUGUGAUAGGUACUAUGCCGAGGAAAUUCAUACAAAUACAUUCGAUGGAGUCAUCAUUUGCAACGGUAACUACUCGAAGUGUCAUAUUCCCAAUGUGAAGGGGAUCGAAAAUUUUACUGGGCAUGUGAUUCACAGCAGGGAUUACAGGACGCCGGAGGUUUACCAGGGACAGAGAGUACUGAUUCUUGGAGCGUCAUUCUCCGGUCUGGACAUAACGUUCGAUUUAUCAAAAAAUGCUGCACAGAUUUACAUCGGACAUAGGAAAGAUAAAAUGCAAAUUAAGUUACCAGCAAACGUAUCAGAACGUCCGGAUGUGAGUCAUCUAGAUGUUGGAAACAAGGUCGUAUUUUUAGAUGGAUCCGAAACGGAGGUUGACAGUAUCAUAUUCUGCACAGGUUACAGUUAUGAUUUCCCAUUUCUGGCUGAUGACACCAUACAAGUAAAGGAUGAAAGGAUUAAACCCCUGUAUAAGCAUUUAGUACAUAUCAAAUACCAUAAUCUAUUCUUCGUAGGAAUUACGCGUCAUGUGAGCUACUUUAUGCAGGCACACGAACAAGCCAAGGCGGCAGUUGCUAUUCUGAAAGGUGGAAUCCAAUUACCAUCGGAACAGGCGAUGUUGGAAGACGCCGAGCGAGAAUUCCAACAGAAGAGACAAGAUUACGGCAUGUCCCAUUUACAUGCGCAUUACUUGGGAAUGGGUGAUCUGGAGUGGAAAUUGAACAAAGACCAUGCAGAAUUAUGUGGUUUUGAACCAUUACCCCCAGUUUUGAAAAGCAUAAUGGAACAUGUUAAAGAAUCUAGAUCUGCUGAUUUUUGUAACUUCCGCAAGAAAAAUUAUUUUUUCAAAGAUGCUCAACACUUCGGUGUCAUUGAUUAA